AAUAAAAAUCGGAUUACUCUACAAUUCUCCUAAAAAAAUUAAUCAAAAAGAAAAAUAACUCUCAAUAUAAAUAGCAACGAAGAAUAAAUCUCAGAAAUAGCGGUUCCACCAAAUACUAGGGUUUCAUUGUAACUUCUGCGGUCCCACUCUCCUCCGACUCCGACCAUCUUAUUUCGGCCACUGCCCUUCGUCGGCCCGUCGGCGAGCAGAGAAGCAGAAGAGACCAGCCCGACCUCCGGUGAUCACCUCCAUUACUCCUUCGCUUCUGCCGUAUCUCCCUCUUGCAGAGUUCACAAACUCCAGUUCGUCUCAGUUUGUUUUUCUGGCAAAGCAAUGGCGCCAUUGGUCUUGCAUGCAGGGAAGACAAACAAGAAUGCCUUCAAGACACUGAUUGUGGCCGAGUUUUCUGGGGUGAAAGUUGAUUUGGUUGAGAAUUUUGAGAUGGGAGUGUCAAAUAAGACCCCUGAGUUCUUGAGGUGGAACCCCAUCGGCAAGGUUCCGGUCUUGGAGACGCCUGAGGGUCCUAUCUUCGAGAGCAAUGCUAUUGCUCGAUAUGUUACCAAGUUGAAGGCAGACAACCCACUUUAUGGCAGUUCACUCAUCGAUUAUGUAAAGGCCUCUCUGAUAAGCUCAUCACUACAAUGUCUUUUGGCCCAUAUUGAGCAGUGGAUUGACUUUGCAACACUGGAGAUUGAUGCCAAUAUUGGUGGUUGGCUGAGACCUCGCUUUGGCCGUGCGCCUUACCUUCCCCCUGCUGAGGAAGCUACCAUUUCAUCAUUGAAGAGGGGUCUCGAUGCAUUGAACACAUACCUCGCUUCGAACACGUACCUUGUCGGGGACUCUGUUACCUUGGCAGACAUCAUCCUCACCUGUAAUCUUUACAUGGGGUUCUCUAGGAUCAUGACAAAGAGCUUUACCUCGGAGUUCCCCCAUGUUGAAAGAUACUUCUGGACCUUGGUUAAUCAACCAAAUUUCAAGAAGGUAUUGGGCGAAGUGAAACAAACUGAGUCAGUUCCUCCUGUCGAGUCCGGUAAAAAGCCAGCGCAGACAAAGGAAAAGGCGAAGCUCAAAGUGGAGCCUAAGAAGGAAGUCAAAAAGGAGAAAGAGCCUCCCAAGGCAGAAGUUGCUGCAGCAGUAGAGGAAGAGGCAGCACCAAAGCCGAAAGCAAAGAACCCUCUCGAUUUGCUGCCACCAAGUCCCAUGAUUUUGGAUGACUGGAAGAGGCUGUACUCCAACACAAAGACCAACUUCCGUGAGGUGGCAAUCAAAGGCUUCUGGGACAUGUACGAUCCUGAGGGAUACUCAUUGUGGUUCUGCGACUACAAGUACAACGACGAGAACACAGUCUCCUUCGUUACUCUUAACAAGGUCGGUGGGUUUCUCCAGAGGAUGGAUCUGGCUCGCAAGUAUGCAUUCGGGAAGAUGCUCAUUAUCGGGUCUACACCACCAUUCAAGGUGAAGGGACUGUGGCUCUUCCGCGGACAAGAGAUCCCUCAGUUUAUCAUUGACGAGUGCUACGAUAUGGAGCUCUACGAGUGGAAGAAAGUCGACAUCUCCGACAAAGCACAGAAGGAGCGUGCCAGCCAGAUGAUUGAAGAUGCAGAACCUUUCGAGGGAGAGGCACUCCUAGAUGCCAAAUGUUUCAAAUAGAGAGUUAACUUGCUGUUUGGGGAGAUGUUUGGAGAACUCUCUUUUAUUUUUGGUGAGGAUUUAGUUUUGUGAUUUCAGAAUAUCAGUAAACUGCUUCUUGGGAUAGUGAUUGCAAUUAAUGGAGUUGUAAUUAUUACUUCAGAAACUUCAAAUUUUAUUCCCAAAAUUUUAGAAGAGCAGACCAAACACGUCCUUUGAUUAUAUAAAAUUUAUAAUAUGAAGGACUUGAUUAUUCGAUAGUAAAAUAUUGGGAAAAAA